AUGUGGCUACUGGAGUGGAUCGUCUCCCUCAACUCAGCUGUGGUGAAGCUGGCCACCGGACUUAGACUUGAUGAGCUGCUGGAUGCAGCCGUGCAGAAGCUAACGCUACAGCUAGCCGUGCAGAAGCUAACGCUACAGCUAGCCGUGCAGAAGCUAACGCUACAGCUAGCCGUGCAGAAGCUAACGCUACAGCUAGCCAUGCAGAAGCUAACUCUACAGCUAGGCAUGCAGAAGCUAACUCUACAGCUAGGCAUGCAGAAGCUAACUCUACAGCUAGGCAUGCAGAAGCUAACGCUACAGCUAGCCAUGCGGAGCGCUAACAUAACCACCUAUACAGUCUCUGGCAGUAGUAGCCAGCCUGAUCCCCACUCCAGGGGGGCCCAGGUGGACUCCCCCCUCCCUGACCAGGACGAGAUUCUCGGCUCAGAUGACGAGGAGCAAGAAGACCCCAACGACUACUGCAGAGGUGGUUACCACCAUGUGAAGAUCGGAGACCUGUUCAACAGUCGUUACCAUGUGAUCCGCAAGCUGGGCUGGGGACACUUCUCUACCGUGUGGCUGGCCUGGGAUAUACAGGGUAAGAGGUUUGUUGCCAUGAAAGUGGUGAAGAGUGCGGAGCAUUACACAGAGACGGCUCUCGACGAGAUUAAACUGCUACGCGCUGUGCGUGACAGUGAUGUGUGUGACCCCAGCAGAGAGAAGGUGGUUCAGCUGCUCGACGACUUCAAGAUCUCAGGAGUCAACGGCACCCAUGUGUGUAUGGUGUUUGAGGUGUUGGGUCAUCACCUCUUGAAAUGGAUCAUCAAGUCCAACUACCAGGGACUGCCCUUACCCUGCGUCAAGAGCAUCAUCAGACAGAGCAUGCUAGACUCUAGCAGUGACGCCGAGGCUGUUUUGCUCAGAGAAGAGAGUGAGCCUGAUCCCCACUCCAGGGGGGCCCAGGUGGACUCCCCCCUCCCUGACCAGGACGAGAUUCUCGGCUCAGAUGACGAGGAGCAAGAAGACCCCAACGAUUACUGCAGAGGUGGUUACCACCAUGUGAAGAUUGGAGACCUGUUUAACAGUCGCUACCAUGUGAUCCGCAAGCUGGGCUGGGGACAUUUCUCUACGGUGUGGCUGGCCUGGGAUAUACAGGGUAAGAGGUUUGUUGCCAUGAAAGUGGUGAAGAGUGCGGAGCAUUACACAGAGACGGCUCUCGACGAGAUUAAACUGUUACGCGCUGUGCGUGACAGUGAUGUGAGUGACCCCAGCAGAGAGAAGGUGGUUCAGCUGCUCGACGACUUCAAGAUCUCAGGAGUCAACGGCACCCACGUGUGUAUGGUGUUUGAGGUGUUGGGUCAUCACCUCUUGAAAUGGAUCAUCAAGUCCAACUACCAGGGACUGCCCUUACCCUGCGUCAAGAGCAUCAUCAGACAGGUUCUCCAGGGGCUAGACUACCUCCACAGUAAGUGUAAGAUCAUCCACACGGACAUCAAGCCGGAGAACAUCCUGCUGAGCGCCGACGAAUCCUACGUCAGAAGACUCGCCGCCGAGGCCACGGAAUGGCAACGCAACGGAACCGCACCGCCAUCGGGGUCCGCAGUCAGCACAGCACCCGCUCAGAAACAAUCUGCUAAGAUGUCUAAGAACAGGAAGAAGAAGUUGAAGAAGAAGGAGAGAGCUCGCAAGGCGGCCGAGCAGCAGGGGACGCAGCAGCGCCCUCUAGGGGAAGCGGAGGAGGAGGACGAGGAGGAGGAGGAGACCAGCAGAGAGCCCUCACACACACCACACACAGAGUUGCAGCAGCAGCAGGACGAGGAGUGUGUGAUGGAGGUUGCCAUGGGUAACGGGCACACAGGCCAAGAGGACCUGAAAGAGAGCACCCUCCCUCUCGGCCACACCCCCGACGCGGAGGAGGAGGAGGAGCCUCAGAACCCCUACGCUGACAGCAGCAGCGUCGUCACGGAGACCAAGCCAAGCCCCGCCUACCUGGCCUGCAACGCCCCCGCCUCCGAGUCUAUGGCUCCGCCCCCGUCCGAGCUGCCUAGCGACCCGCUGCCUAGCAACCUGCCUAGCAACCAGGCCUGUGGGGUUAGCGGAGCCUCAGACGACGGUAACAGCCCUCCUUCUCUGAUUGGCCCAGUAGAGGUGCAGGAGGAGGGGCUUAGGCAGGAAGUGGAAGUAGAGGACAGGAAACAGGAAGUGCAGGAGGCGGGGCUUAAGCAGGAAGUGCAGGAGGUGGCCGGUAACCAUGACGACGCGACCGCAGAACAGGAAACGGAACCGGGAGACGCUAAGUCUUCAGCUGGGUGUCUGCUAGUGAACCCUCUGGAUCCACUGAAUGCUGAACAUAUACAGGUCAAGAUAGCAGACCUGGGCAACGCCUGCUGGGUGCAUCGGCACUUCACAGACGACAUCCAGACGCGUCAGUACCGCUCCCUGGAGGUUCUAAUGGGGGCGGGCUACGGAACACCAGCGGACAUCUGGAGCACAGCAUGCAUGGCGUUUGAGCUGGCGACGGGAGACUACCUGUUUGAGCCGCAUUCAGGAGACGACUACUCACGAGACGAAGACCACAUUGCCCUCAUCAUUGAGCUGUUGGGGAAAGUUCCUCGCAAACUCGUCCUGAACGGCAAAUACUCCAAAGAGUUCUUCAACAAGAAAGGUGACCUGCGCCACAUCUCCCGGUUGAAGCCGUGGGGUCUUCCCUCGGUGCUGUCGGAGAAGUAUGAGUGGCGCGUUGAGGAGGCCGAGAGCUUCAGCAGCUUCCUGCUGCCCAUGCUGGAGCUCGUACCCGAGAAACGCGCCAGCGCCGCCGAGUGCUUACGACACCCCUGGCUCACACACACACACACCGCGUAGUGGACACACACACACA